UGACGCUUAGAUAUAUUACUUUGCAUGCAUGGGAAAGCCGGUUUUAUUUUUGCGGAGUAGAAUUGUAAAAUCAUCUUUCUACACUCUCAGAGUAUUUUAUCGUCAGUACACGAACCCUUUCGCAAACAUCAUGUCGACACCGAAAGACAACAAACUGAUAUGGAAGCUGACACCCGACAUUAUAAAGAAAUCAGCUGACGAGCUGAUGGCGAAAACAAAAGCUGUUUACGACGGUGUGGGGGCCCUUUCUCCAGACGCUGUCACCUACACUAAUGUUGUAAAGGCUCUCGCUGACAAUGAUUGUGAAUAUGCUGUUGUGAGGAACAACCUGGACUUUAUGCAGCAUGUUUCUGCUGAUAAAGAGCUGAGAGAUGCCAGCGUGGAAAUUGACAAGAAAGUCUCAGAGUUUGAUGUGGAAAUGAGCAUGAGACAAGAUGUGUUUGAUGCAUUGGUUAAUUUUGAGAAGAAAUCUUCAAAUGAAGGCUCAGCAGAAUCAAAAAGAUAUGUGGAAAGAAUGAUCAAACUCGGCAGGAGAAAUGGUUUACAUCUGCCAAAAGAGAAACAGGAGAAGAUCAAGGAAAUCAAGAAGAGAAUGAGUGACCUGUCGAUCGACUUCAGUAAAAAUCUGAACGAGGAAAACACCAUCCUCACAUUCACCGAGGAGGAACUGGCUGGUGUCCCUGAAGAUUUCCUUAAAUCUCUAGAGAAGAAUGAGGAGGGUAAACUAAAGGUGAGCUUGAAGUAUCCCCAUUAUUUCCCCUGUAUGAAGAAAGCCAGGAAUCCUGACACGAGACGAAAACUGGAGACAGCAUUCAACUCAAGAUGUCUCAAGGAAAACACAGCCAUCUUAGAAGAGCUGAUAGAGCUCAGAGCAAAGAAAGCUGACAUUCUUGGUUUCCCUACCCACGCUGCCUUUGUGUUAGACAUGAGAAUGGCUAAAGAUCCUGACACAGUGAAGAACUUCUUGGUUGACCUGGCUCAGAAGCUCCGCCCACUUCAGAACCAGGAAGUGAAAGUUUUCCUGGACUACAAGAAAGAAGAAUGUGAGAAGUAUGGAUAUGAAUAUGAUGGGAAGAUAAAUUACUGGGACCUGCGAUAUUACAUGACGAUGACAGAGGAACGCCAGUACGCAGUGGACUCGAACCUUCUAAAGGAAUACUUCCCCAUGGAGACAGUGACUGCUGGACUUCUCGAUAUCUACCAGGAACUGUUGAAUCUCAAAUUUACACAAGUGAAAGAUGCUGAGGUUUGGCACCCAGAGGUCACCUUGUAUACUGUAGAAGAUAAAGAAUCGUCUAACCUGCUGGGCUAUUUUUAUCUUGACCUUUAUCCUCGGGAGGGGAAAUACGGACACGCUGCUUGUUUUGGACUGCAGCCCGGGUGUCUACAACCUGAUGGAAGGAGACAGGUUUCCGUGGCAGGAAUGGUUGCCAACUUCACCAAACCAACAGAGGACAAACCAGCCCUGCUCACUCAUGAUGAGGUAGAGACGUACUUCCAUGAGUUUGGUCAUGUGAUGCAUCAGAUUUGUGCUCAGGCAGAAUUCGCUUUGUUUAGUGGAACCAGUGUAGAGAGAGAUUUUGUGGAAGCCCCGUCACAGAUGUUGGAGAAUUGGUGCUGGGAGAAAGAACCGCUCCAGAGAAUGUCUAAACACUAUAAAACAGGGGCACCGAUCCCCGACGAUCUGUUAGAGAAGCUCAUUAAGAGCCGCAUCGCUAAUGCUGGAAUGUUUAACCUCCGCCAGAUCUUACUGGGAAUGUUUGACCAGACCAUACACACUCAGAAAAAGGCUGACACGGCGAAGCUUUUCUCCGAGAUUUCACAAGAAUACCUUGGAUUCCCCUCCACUGAGGGCACCAACAUGUCCGCCUCCUUUGGUCAUUUAGCGGGGGGAUAUGAUGCUCAGUAUUAUGGAUACAUGUGGAGUGAAGUAUUCUGUAUGGACAUGUUCUACACUCGCUUCAAGAAGGAGGGCAUAAUGAGUCCAAAAGUGGGCGGGGAUUACAGAAGAUGUAUAUUACACCCAGGAGGAUCCAAGGAUGCUUCGGACAUGCUGCGUGACUUCCUGGGUCGUGACCCCACACCGGAAGCCUUCCUCAUCAGCAAAGGUCUCAACCCAAAGGCGUGAAAUCGGUCAUUUAUAAACAAUUGUGAUAAACAGAGAUUACACCACUAACAUUUAAUUU